AUGGCGAGCGCUUCCAUUGGACGGAAUGAGCACACGGCCAGCCCGGACGACCCUCAGGAGCCCAUAGUCGAUCAGCAGCCAAGAUCCGCUGACGGUAAUUUAAUUUUAUUGAACAGUAGAGGCGAAAAUAAUUUGAGCGACAGAUCUCUCCCGAGUCGAGUGACGCGUGCGUGUGUCAAGCGGCUAGUAGUCACGUCCGACUCGGAGAGCGACAGUUCCAGAUCCCGUGGUGCCAGCAAAGUAAAAGCGAAUGAUGCUGCUGCUUCGAAGUCUGACGACAUCACGAAGGGUAACAGUGGGGAAUUGUUGAAAAGGGAAAUGGAUUCGGAUGACAGCGACGCACCCGGGGAUCACAUUAAUGUCCAAGUAGGAGACUGCGUUAUGCUGGACUCAGGGAAUCCAGAUGACUCCUAUGUUGCGCUAGUAAGCUCAGUCCAGUUCUCACAACGGCAUGACCGAUCUGUAUCCAGCUUUAUGGCCCAGUGGUAUUACAAACCCUAUGAUGUCAAGGAGGAAGUGAAAGCUACGAUCAAGGGUGGCGUUCUGGAAAACGAGGUCUUUCUAUCGCCGCAUAAGGACAGCAACUCCAUCGACGCUGUGAUGGAGAUUUGCCACGUUGUGUCUCCCAAGGAAUACGCUGAUAUCCAAGAUGAAAUCAAGCGCGGGUUCCGUGAACGAGGCAAGACUUACUUUGUGUGCCGCUACAAGUACUAUCCGAACCGAAGCAACAUUAGAAAGGCACUGGAAGCUGUUGAAAAUCGGGCUAUUCGAAAUGGAUUGGGCCGCCUCAAGCCUAACGUCGGUUCCGGCUAUCAAGCAACUGUUCCCAAAUGUGUUGGGGCGGUUUUGAGCGUAGGUAGCUUAGGCGACUGUACCGUUCCGUGGAAAGCACGCGAAGAACCCAGCUUAAGGCCACGACAAGUGUGGUCACCACUUGCCGCUGAAGCGCAAUACCUUGUGUACGUGCAGUUCCGGGGCCUCGUCGAUACGCUCAAGUUCGCGGUCGGUAACAUUGUAAAGACGUAUCGACCAAAUUCGAAGCCCAUGGGACACAAGCGCGGGAUUGUCUUGCAGUACUCCACGUCAGAUUCAGUGCAGAUCUGCGCAUCCACUGGACAGGUGCUCACGGUUUUAAAGAGCGAGCUGUGCUCGCCGCUCACGGAAGACUUGGCGAUGCAGGAAUUGUACCUGUCACGAUUCAACCUAACGCAGGCUGCCUAUGGCUGCUCUAAGACAAUACUUUGUUGUCAGCGUGAGGAAAGGAUGGCUUUCCGAUACGAAGUGGAGUUAAAUGCUAAAGCCGCAGCCGCAGUUGCAACAAAAAGCGAAGGUAGUUUUUACGAAGAGGAUCGUCGAAAGCGUAAGAAGUAG